CCUUCCCUCCCAGCCGCAUUCCCCAGCGCAUCCAAUUUUAGCAGCUUUGCAAAACAAACCCUCAAGUUUCCCGGGCUGGAGCGGCGAGUGGCAGCGCGCGGCCGGCUCGCGGGGAGGGCUCCUUCCCUCUUCCCGCCUGUCACGGCGCCAGCCCCGGCCGAGCCCCGCGUGCCAGGAUCCGAUUUCUGCCGUCUCCUGGCGCGAGCGGGAAAGGCCUCCUAUAUAGCCGCGCGGGGCCGGCGGGCUCGCAGUCGCGCGCGCAGCCCCGACGGCAGCCAUGCUCCGGCCGACGCUGGCCCUCCUGGCUCUCGCCGCCGUCCGCUGCGCCGCCGCCCCAGAGUCCCUGGAGAAUGACUCGGAGCCGGCCAAGAGCAGCGCCCCGGGCAAGCCCUGGAAAGCGGCCGCCGAUGUAGCCGACCUCGACCUGGCCACGGCAGGCGGCGGUGCCGAGUGGACGUCCUGGUUCAACAUCGACCACCCCGACGGGGACGGGGACUACGAGAGCCUGGAGGCCAUCCGCUUCUACUACCGCGGGCGGGUGUGCGAGCGGCCCGUGGCCGUCCAGGCCCGCACCACCGAGUGGGAGCUGCCCGAGGAGGUGGGCGAGAUCGUGCACGUCAGCCCCAAAAAGGGCUUCCGCUGCGUCAACAAGGAGCAGCCGCCGGGCAAGACCUGCUCCAACUACCACAUCCGCUUCCUCUGCCCGCUGGAGCACGUCUACUGGUCGCACUGGUCCGCGUGGAGCCCCUGCUCGCGGAGCGCCUGCGGCGGCCGCGGCACCCAGAGCCGCCGGCGCCGCUGCAGCAGCUCCCAGCUCCCCGCCGCGCUCAAGGAGCUCAAGUGCAAGGGCAAAGCCGUGGAGCGGCGGCCGUGCGACGCCGGCCCCUGCCCCCAGCCCAGCCGGCCCCCCGCGGCCCCCCGCCAUGCCGGGCGGGCUCGGGGGGCCGCGGCGCCCCGGGAGGCGGCGUGGGCCGAGUGGGGCGCCUGGGGGCCGUGUUCCCGCAGCUGCGGCCGUGCCGCCACGCGCCUCCGCCGCCGCAGCUGCAAGAACGGCAAGAAGUCGCCGUGCGCAGGCCGCGCCGCCGAGCUGCAGCGAUGCCCCCCCUCGCCCUGCCCAGCCUGCCCGGAGCACGUGCUGCGCGGCACCGUGGUCUCCGCCGACGGCGCGGCGCUGCCCGGAGCCCGCGUCUUCCUCGAGGGCCGCCCGCCGGCGCUGCUGGCCCGGAGCGACGCCCGGGGCCGCUUCCACGCGGCCGGGCUCUGCCCCGGCGCCGCCGCCAACGUCAGCGCCCACCUGGAGCGCUUCGCCCCGGCGCUGGCGCCCGUCGUCUCCAACGGCUCCGGGCUGUCGGUGGCGCGGCUGGUGCUGCAGCGGCUGGAGAAGCCCUACAUGGUGACGCACCCCGAGGACAAGGUCCGCCUGGCCGGGCAGCGGGCCACCUUCUGCUGCAAAGCCGCCGGCACCCCCGUGCCCACCAAGUACCACUGGUACCACAACGGGACGCUGCUGGACAGGAAGGUCUACAAGUACAGCAGCCGCCUGGCGCUGCGGGCACUGGGCCCGGCGCAGGCCGGCACCUACCACUGCAAGGCCAGCAACGAGGCGGGCGCCAUCCGCUCCGCCGCGGCGCAGCUCACCGUGCUGGCCCCGGGGCAGCAGAGCUGCAAGGCCGAGCCCGAGCCGAACCUCAUCAAGCUGCCCGGCGAGUGCCGCCGGGACGCCGUGGGCUCCCAGUACUACGACGUGGGCCACUGCCCCCCGACGCGGUGCGCCGGCAGCCCGGCCGAGGAGCCGCGGUGCAAGGAGGGCGCCCGGCGCUGCUGCGGCGUCCGGCGCAUGGAGAUGCGGGAGAUCCGGUGCUCCGGCUACCUCCUGCCCGUCAAGGUGGUGGCCAAGUGCGGCUGCGGGCCCUGCGCCCGGCCCCGCGUCCUGGUGCAGGGCCGCGUGACGGCAGCCGACACCGGGGAGCCGCUGCGCUUCGGCCAGAUCUUCCUGGGCAAGAAGAAGAUCGGCUUCACCGGCUACAAGGGCUCCUUCACCAUCGAGGUGCCGCCGGAGACGCAGCGGCUGGUGGCCCGUUUCGUGGACCGGCAGCAGAGGCUCGUGGACACCGUCAAAGUCCUGCCCUUCAACGGCCGGGGCGGUGCCGUCUACCAGGACGUCAAGAUGAUGCGGAGGAAGGAGCCGGUGGCCUUGGACGCCAGCCGGACCAACACCAUCCCGCUGGGGGAGGUGAGCGGCCAGGAGCCCAUUGCGGAGCUGGUCAUUCCCGCCGGCGCCUUCCUCCGCGCCUCUGGGGAGGUCUUCAAGGGGACUGUCAAAGCCAGCGUCACCUUCCUGGACCCAAGGGACAUCGCAACAGCUGGUGCCGCCUCCAGUGACCUCAGUUUCGCCAACGCCGAGGGGGAAAUCGUCCCGCUGCGGACCUACGGCAUGUUUGCGGUGGACUUUCGGGAAGGGGAGUCCAACGAGGUGCUGCAGACGGGCCCGGUGGAGGUGCGGAUCGACGCAGGGCAGAUCAGGAUGCCGGAGCACCUGCAGAAGAUGAAGCUGUGGUCCUUGAACCCUGAGACCGGCUUAUGGGAGGAGGAAGGCGUCUUCCGCCAGGCCAGGGAGAGGAGGGGAAAGAGGGAGGACAGGACCUUCCUCAUCGGGAACAUGGAGAUCCGCGAGAGGCGUCUCUUCAACCUGGACGUGCCGGAGAACCGCCGCUGCUUCGUCAAGGUCAGGGCUUACAGCAACGAGAAGUUCAACCCCUACGAGCAGCUGGAGGGGGUGGUCGUCAGCCUCAUCAACCUGGAGCCCCAGCCCGGCUACCCCGCCAACCCCCGGGCCUGGGGACGCUUCGACAGCAUCGUCACGGGGCCCAACGGCGCCUGCCUGCCCGCCUUCUGCGACGGCGAGCGCCCCGACGCCUACUCGGCGUACCUCACCGCCACGCUGGGCGGCGAGGAGCUGGAGGCCGUGGCCUCCAGCCCCACGCUCGACCCCACGGCCGUGGGGGUGUCCCAGCCCUACCUGAGCAAGCUGGGCUACCGCCGGCUGGACCACGACGACCCCAGCCUCAAGAAGACGGCCUUCCAGAUCAACGUGGCCAAGCCCAACCCCAACAACAUCGAUGAGACCAACGGGCCCGUCUACCCCUACCGCAGCUCCAAGGAGUGCGAGGAGGCGCCGGCCAGCGCCAACCACUUCCGCUUCUACCGCGUGGAGGUGGACAAGUACGAGUACAACGUGGUGCCCUUCAAGGAGAGCGACCUGACGUCCUGGACGGGCGACUACCUGUCGUGGUGGCCCAACCCGCAGGAGUUCCGGGCGUGCUUCAUCAAGGUGCAGAUCGAGGGGCCGCAGGAGUACAUGGUGCGGUCCCACAACGUGGGGGGCAGCCACCCGCGCACCCGCGGGCAGCUCUACGGCUUGCGCGACACCCGCAGCGUGCGGGACAUGCUGCUGGAGAGCAGCUCGGGCGCCUGCGUGGAGUUCAAGUGCAGCGGGAUGCUCUUCGACCAGAGCCUCGUGGACCGCACCUUGGUCUCCGUCAUCCCCCAGGGCAGCUGCCGCCGCACGGCCGUCAACAGCCUCCUCCGCGAGUACCUGGCCCGGCACCCGCCGGUGGCGGAGAACAACAACACGGGCGCCUUCACCAUGCUGGCGCCCGUCGACCCGCUGGGGCACAACUACGGCAUCUACACGGUCACGGACCAGAACCCGCGGCUGGCCAAGGAGAUCGCCAUCGGCCGCUGCUUCGACGGCACCUCGGACGGCUUCUCGCGGGAGAUGAAGUCCGACGUGGGCACGGCGGUGACCUUCGUGUGCCAGGAGCGGCCGGUGACUCAGGGCAGCUUCUUCCAGCGGCUGCUGACGGCGCCGGCCGCGGCGCUGGACGAGAUCCGGCGCGAGAUGGGCGCCAACGAGCAGCGCCGGGCCCCCCCCGAGGUGAUGGACUUCUCCUCCGGCUGGCGAGCCCCGGCGUCCGCCCCGGCCCGGCGGGGCCCCGGCGCCCGGCGGAGGAUGCGGCCGCAGCUCUGAGCGCCGCCCCGGCCCCUUGGGGGGGGGGACCCCUGCGUCCCACCGCCCUCGCACCCAGUGGGGGACAUCCCCCCCCCAAGGGACCCAUCCGGGGGGGGCAGCGGAGCGGGGCCCCCCACGG